CUCUCUCUCUCUAGAAAAAAAUGAACAGAGUGAUUGCGCACACUUUCUCUCUCCAUCUACUACACUAGAUCAUAUCGAUAUACACACUCCUUUUGGAGCUCAGAUGCUUCGGGUAGCUUUCCCGAAUCGACUAGCGCGCUUGAUUCGGGGCUCCCUUAUUAAUCCAGUUCAAGCUUUUGUAUUCUUCUAGGGUUUCGAAAUUACUGAGUGUUUAUGUUUUUACGAGUAUUCAUUUUCUCAGCUGAGCUCCCAAUUUUUAAUUCUCGAUCUAGGGUUGAGUUAUUCAAUUCUCCAAUUUAAGUUAGUGAAUUUUGCUCUAUACAAAAUAUUUCCGUCCCUUCCCGGGCAUUGGCUGCUGGACUGGUGCUCGUGGCCAAGAUUGAGGACUGGAAUAUAUGUCAAGAUUAUUUUGGUUGCUAUAGUUGGUAAAAGAAUUCUGUAUAAGUGCGUGAAGCGGUAUAAUGAUGGCCAAGAAAGAUAGAUUCCCCCCUGGUUAUUCUGCUAGUGUUGCUCCAAAUUAUGAAUCUGAAGGAUCUGGCAGCUCGGGACGCAUUGACUCUGUUGAUGGCUCUUCUGCGGCUAAGAGAAAAUGGGUUGAUUUGAAUUCAGCCUCCAGGGAUGGUUUUACUGUACCCGUACAAAUUAUUCCAAUGUCCAAAUUGUCUUCCUUGGAGAGGAAGAGUUUGGCGCGUCGCUUGACAUCAGAGCUUGAGAAGAUUCGAAUUCUCCAAAAUAAGGUUGAGUUGCCAAUGAAAAAAAUGGUAAAUAAGUUUACAAAGUCAAAUUCUAGUGAUGCUCUCACUUGCGCUAAUGGACAACAGAAAGGGCUGCAAGUGGGUAGCUUGAAGAAAUCGGCGUUGUUGAAUUCUGCAUCUGGGAAGAAAGCUCGUGGUUGGAAUCGAGGUAUAACGGGAAGGUUUCAAUCAGCAGGCAACAACUCUCAUGUGAAUGCUAACAACGCAACACUUAAGCAGUGCGAUGGUCUCUUGAAGAAGCUGAUGUCGCAAGAAUUUGCUUGGGUAUUCAAUACACCUGUCGAUGUGGUGAAACUGAACAUUCCGGAUUAUUUUAAUAUAAUCAAAACCCCCAUGGAUUUGGGAACAGUUAAGAGAAAACUCAAUUCAGGGAAGUACUCAGAUCCUAUAGAAUUCGUAGAUGAUGUCCGACUUACUUUUACAAAUGCAAAGACAUAUAAUCCACCUGGGAGUGACGUCCACGUUCUGGCUGAGUCAUUUAGUCAGUUCUUUGAAACAAGGUGGAAAGCUAUUGAGAAUAAAUUUUUGGUGAUUGCUUCUCAUUCGGCACCUAAAAAGCCAAGGGGUAUUGAAGAAACUGGAAUAGCCAAGACAUUGGCUCCAUCGAAAAAGAGGAAACCGAGUCCAAUACAACAUGAAGUUGUACAAGAACCUACAAAGAGGAAGCUGACUUCUGAAGACAAGCAUAAAUUGAGCAUGGAAUUAGAGGGUUUUGAUGGGGACCUUCCUGAUACCGUCAUUGAUUUGCUCAGAGCACACACUUCAAAUAGAGGUGAUGGUGGAGAGGAUGAGAUUGAAAUAGACAUUGACGAUCUUAGCGAUGACACCUUAUUUACCUUGAGGAAGCUUUUAGAUGAACAUUUACCUGAUAACCAGAAGAACCUUGCCAGAUCUGAGGCCUGUGAGAUUGAGCUCCCAAAUGUAUCAGGGUUUAGCAAUUCAUCACUUCAAGUUGAUAAAGGCAACGAUAACGAUCCCAUUGACGAGGAUGUUGAUAUUGGGGGAAAUGAAGCUCCUGUCACUAGUUAUCCUCCAGUUUUGAUUGAAAAAGAUGUUGGGGGCAGAGCUGAAGAAUAUAAUGAAGCAGGUCCAGACUCUGAUAGAGGGUCUGAAUGCUCCAAGGGUUCUUCAGCUGUAAAACAAGAGCAGGAUGAAACCUGUCACACAGCAGAUUCAGAUAUUAAAAAGGUUGACACUGGCGAGCUGGUUAGCAAAGAUCCAUCUGCUAGUGAACUGGACCACCUUGAAGAUGGUUUAGUGAAGCCUUCCUUGAGUGAUUCAGAUGGACAAGUUGAUGUGGAGGGUGCACAAGAUGACAGGCAUGUCUCCCCAGACAAGCUGUACAGGGCAGCUAUCUUGAAGAAUCGGUUUUUGGACACAAUCUUAAAAGCUCGAGAGAAAACUCUAACUCAGGAUGAGAAGAUGGACCCGGAGAAACUCCGACGUGAAAGAGAGGAACUUGAGAUGCACAAAAAAAGAGAGAAAGCUAGGCUUCAAGCAGAAGCCAAAGCUGCAGAAGAUGCUCGUAAGCGGGCUGAAGCUGAAGCUGCAGCUGAAGAAAAAAGGAGAAGGGAACUGGAGAGAGAAGCAGCGAGAGAAGCGCUGCUCAAGAUGGAGAAGACGGUUGAAAUCAACGAGAAUUCUCGUUUUCUUGAGGACUUGGAAAUGUUGAGGACAGCCCCUACCGAGCAACUAGCACUAGCUAGCAUUGUCGAUGAAACAACUCCAGAGGACUCACAGGAUGGGUUUGGGAGUUUCAAGUUCGGAAGUCAUAAUCCAUUAGAGCAGCUUGGAUUGUACAUGAAGAUGGACGACGACGAUGAGGAACCCGAACCCCCAACAACCGAUCCCAAUGCUACUACAUGCUCAAUGUAGAUGAAGGUGAGAUCGGUUCGCCUGUUCAUUGGACUCUCGAUAUUCUUGGUCUUCAACUUCGAAAACCACAAAAAUAAGUCCUGAAAAUGAGAAUGAUUCCAACCUUAUUUACGUGGGAAAUACAAAUACGUAUAGCUGAUAUCAUGUUGUAUGAAUAUAUGAUGGUGUGGAAGUGUGGUCUAUAUUGGCUCCUAA